AUGAGUCGGAACCAACUUGAUGGCACCUAACAACAACAGUAAGACCCUAUUUAGAGAAGGGGUGAUUAUCCCUACUGUUUCUCCAUCCAACAGCCCAGUUUUGGUUUUUAAACCUGAAAAGAAUAAAUGACACCUCAUGAUGGAUUAUUUCAACCUUAAUGCUGCAGUCUCACUCAUUAAGGCCCGAUAUUAUACUCAAUAUUUCUGAAAUUGCUCACUAUCUAAUCAGUAACUGGUAAAAACUUUGGAGUCAUAGAUUUGGAUCAUAUGUUGUUUUUAAUGUCUAUUUCAACAGCCUUUCAGCUUCAAUUUGCCUUCACCUUCAAAGGGAAAUAAUAUGCCUUGGCCUGAUUACUCAUGGGAUAUCUCAGCAGCCUUCCCAUUGUACACAAUCUUUGCAGGCAAGAUCUUAACCACAUCCAACUUUCUCCAGUAGCACAGUUUUCCGUCACCAAUUGUUCUUGGAAUUGGACAGAUGGCAGCCACCAUAAUGAUACUGUACGUGUCCAAGCUAAAUAAAAUAAUUCACUUUCCUGAUUUCGACAAGAAAAUUGCUGUAAAGCUGUUUCCUCUGCCUCUCCUCUACGUUGGAAACCACAUAACUGGAUUAUCAAGCACAAGUAAAUUAAGCUUGCCGAUGUUUACUGUGCUCCGGAAGUUUACCAUUCCACUGACUUUGCUCCUGGAAACCAUCAUACUCAGGAAGCAGUAUUCAUUGAACAUCACUGUCAGUGUCUUUGCCAUCAUUCUUGGUGCUUUUAUAGCAGCUGGCUCUGACCUUGCUUUUAACUUGGAAGGCUAUAUUUUUGUGUUCCUGAAUGAUAUCUUCACAGCCGCAAAUGGAGUUUAUACCAAACAGAAAAUGGACCCAAAGGAACUGGGGAAAUACGGUGUGCUUUUCUACAAUGCCUGCUUUAUGAUUAUCCCAACACUUGUUAUUAGUGUCUCCACUGGGGACCUUCAACAGGCUACUGAAUUCAACCAAUGGAAGAAUGUUCUAUUUAUCAUACAGUUUCUUCUUUCCUGUUUUUUGGGGUUUCUGCUGAUGUACUCCACAGUUUUGUGCUGCUAUUACAACUCAGCUCUGACGACGGCGGUCGUGGGAGCCAUCAAGAAUGUAUCCAUUGCCUACAUUGGGAUGUUAGUUGGUGGAGACUACCUUUUCUCUGUGUUAAACUUUGUAGGGUUAAAUAUUUGCAUGGCAGGAGGUUUGAGAUAUUCCUUCUUAACGCUGCGCAGCCAAUCGAAACCAAAGCAGCUUGUGGAUGAAGAAAGCAUUCCUCUGGAUUUGAAGAGCUAGAAUCUGUGACUUGCAGACAGGGGUCAGGGAGACAUUUCCAGACAUAUGAAUGUGAAGCUAGACAUUUUGGAGGGGGGACAUACAUUCCUCUUGGUUAAAGCACAAAUAGAAAUGUCUAAAAAUGCAAAGAGAAUCUACCUCACAUGCCACUGUAUAAUGAACCAUCAUUGGUCCUGAGAAAUGUAUCUGUGCAAAGCCUUAGUGAAUGUUUUCAACAUAUGCCAUUAGUUAAAGGGAUUUUUUUCCAAAGAGAGAUUUCGUGGAUUUCUAGACCAGUUGUUUUCUUUGUCACAUGAGACACGCAAAACACUGUCUGAAGUGCUUAUCUACACAUCUGGGCCUCCCCUUGGUCAGCAGCUUUGUGCUUUAUGAGGUGGCAAAGUGUUGAUGCGGUAAUGGUGAUUAUUUUCUUAUCAGCAACUUUGCCUUAAGUUCAAAGGUCCCAGCCAAAGCAACGUGCCAGUGAAAAAAAUUUUUUUUUAGUUAAACAGACAUUUCUUUAUUUUAAUACAAUUAGCAAAUUAACUGCCUCUAAAGUUAUUUGCUAGCUUUCAUUUAAUCUUGUAUGUUGGUAUCUUUUCUUAAUCAUCAAAGUAAAAUAAAAAAUAAUUUAUAUGGCUACAUCAUGUUGUUGUUAGCUGCCAUAGAGUCAGCACCUGACUCAUGGGAUCAGACUAUUGUGAUCCUCAGGGUUUUCAUUGACUAAC